GGGAGAGAGAGAGAGAGAGAGAGAGAGCGCUCUCAUUCUUUGAUUUCUUCGAUCUGAAAAGCGAGAUAUUUGCAGAAAAUUCAUCAGAGAAAAGGACGAAAAGUAAAGGAGUUUAGAGAGAGAGAAUGAGCUUCUUUUAUCUCUUCUUUUUUCGCACUGAUUGAUUAUCCAUUUUACCAUAACAGUGCGCACUCAGUCCAAAAUCGUCUACUUUGGAUGCUAUGUGCUGUCAAAGGAAGAACAAGAAGCGAGUUCGCUCAAUAGCAUUUCUAUAUAUAUAAGUAUGAUAUAUAUUUGUGCAGUUCUGGAUGUUUAGAUUGACGUGCUUCCGCGGUUCUUUGGUGUUGGAGAAGACUACAGUUAUCACUUUUCAUCAUCUAGAUUGCUGGUCCUAUUAGGGUUCUUGGUUAUGAUAGCCAACCCUUGUUGCUAGUUGCAGACAGUUUUUAACUUUUGGUAGCCAUUUUUUUGAUCUAAACUUCUUCAGUGUCUUAUAGUUGAUAACUUUGUCAAGAAGUGACAGUUUUUGUUUUUGAGUAUAUAGGAAUGAGCUAUACCUGUAUGGUUUUCUUAGAAGUUCCAGUGAGUCCUAAAUUUGGCAUUUAUCCUCGUCAAAUUGAGUCCAACAGGAGGGGAUACCCAACUAUUUUCUGAUGGAACAGCUAAAAAUCCAUGACCAUGAUGAGUACAAUUCAAAAGAACCUGGUACUGAGGAAUUUGAGCCUACAUCUCAGGGGUUCACGCCGGGCCAUACUAGCUACAUAAGCUCAAAUACAGUACCCCCGGAGCUCAAAUAUUCAGAAGCUAAGCCUGUACUCAAUUAUUCAAUACAGACAGGUGAGGAGUUUGCUCUUGAAUUCAUGCUUGACCGGGUGAAUCAUAAGAAGUCAUUUGUUCCAAAUAAUGCUGGUGAUCCCAAGUAUGCAACAAGUUACAUGGAACUGAAAGGAAUUUUAGGCAUCAGUUAUACAGGGUCUGAAAGCGGAUCAGAUAUUUCAAUGGUUGCUGCAGUAGAAAAAGGUCCAAAAGAGUUGGAGCCAGAGAACCCUUCUUUGCAUGAAGACUCAAAUAACUAUGGAUCCAUGCAUCUGGGACCACAAACUUCAUGGGAGUACAACAGUUAUCGGGGAUCCAUGAAAGAGUACACCUCUUCUGGAGCAUCUGAAGGUUCAGUAACAAAAAUUAAGGUUUUAUGCAGCUUUGGGGGUAGAAUCUUGCCUCGGCCAAGUGAUGGAAAACUUAGGUAUGUUGGAGGUGAAACCCGAAUUAUUUGUAUUAGCAGGCAUGUUACUUGGCAGGAGUUGUGGCAGAAAAUAAUAACAAUCUAUAACCAAACUCAUACGAUUAAGUAUCAGCUUCCUGGGGAGGAUCUUGAUGCCUUAGUUUCUGUGACUUGUGACGAGGACUUGCAGAAUAUGAUGGAGGAAUGUAAUGUACUACAGGAUGGAGAAGGAUCAAAAAGGCUUAGAAUGUUUUUAUUCUCUGCUAUUGAUUUAGAAGAUGCCCAUUUUGUUCUGGGAAACAGUGAUGGUGAUUCAGAGAUUCAGUAUGUAGUUGCCGUUAAUGGCAUGGACAUAGGAUCAAGGAAAAACUCUAUCUUGCAUGGUCUAGCAGUCUCUUCUGGAAGUAAGUUAGACGAGCUAGAUGCACAGAAUGUUGAGAGAGAUACAGGUGGAGCUGCAGCUGACUUUGCCAAAGUUAGGCCUUCACCCUCAGCUAGUUGCAUGGUUUCAUCAUCAGCUGCUGAAUCUUCUCAACCUUUUUUACCAAGUUUCUCCAAUACUUACGAAACACAUUCACAAAUUUAUAAUGGCCAUGAAAUACAUCAUGUAGAAGCUAAGCACCAUCCUUUGCCUUAUGGUUAUGACUCUCAUCCUUCUAAUUACCCAGCUUUUGGAGAAAGUUAUUCUCUGCUGGAUCAUCAUGGGCUUGCAAUUCCACAAAAGGCCUUCACUGAAGAUCCAGUAUCCAGUGUCUUAGUCAUACAGGAUCCUCAAAUGCAAGUAAAGGAAUUGCAACUGAAAAGUGAUGGUUCAGUUCAGCAAGAGGGCAGAGAUGAAACUAUACAACCUUCAUCAGAGGACCACCAUGCUCUCUCACAGCCGCUAGAUGGCAAUGUUGAGGAUAGUUUUCUGGUUGAGAAAGCAUCUUCUGUCAUUUCCACACUGGAGGGAGAGCUAAAACCCUUGAAAAGUGAGGAAAGGCACCUGGAACCUGCAAAGGUAUCUUCCUCCCCCUCUGGAGCAAAUACAGUGCUGGUUCCUGAAGCUGACGACAAUAUCUGCAACACAUCUAGUGGUGUUUCUACUCCUGGAUAUGAUAUUUCUGAGUCCAAUCCAAUUGAUUUGAGAUAUCUUGAGCCUCUUGCUGCUCCUCAAAGGGUAUUUUAUUCUGAACGAUAUCCCCGAGAACAGGCAGAGUUACUAAGUAGGUUUUCAAAGUCAGAUGAAUCACUUGGUUCUCAACUUCUUGAAAACCAUUCACGUUCUGAUGUUGCAAAGCAGGAUAUUAUCACAGAACCUGUAUCUUUACAGACUGAGCAGUCCAACUCAGCUGCAAAGCCAUUGUAUAAGGAUCCUCAGAGAAUUUUUGAUGGAGCACCUCAACAUCAGAAAAUGAAGCAGGCAGUAUCAAACCCUGUGGAUGAUAAAUCUGCUGUCAAUGAGGUUAGAACUUUUAAGGAUGAAAAUCAGACCAACUGUGCCAAAGAUAAGGAUCGAAAUCUACUGGUUGGUGAAUCAACUAAAGCUGGAUCAGAAUUUCCUGCUGCAGGCCAAGUAGGUUCCCAAAAUCAUCACGAGAAUCCUGAAUAUGGGCUUCCAGAUCCUGAAUGGAGUGAUAGGGCCGAUAGCAAUUCUAUGAGCACUCAGGGUCACAAUCAGACUUCUGCUUGGAUGGGAACCUAUCAGGAAGCACAUAAUGGGGUUUCCAGAAAGCAGGGAGAUAUUGUCAUUGAUAUUAAUGAUAGGUUCUCUCGCGAUUUUCUUUCAGAUAUAUUCUCAAUAGCAAAUUUAUCUGAGGAUUUGUCUGCCAUUAGUCCUCUGCAGAAUGAUGGGGCGGAUCUGAGCUUAAACAUAGAAAAUCAGGAUCCAAAACACUGGUCAUUUUUUCAAAAAUUGGCAGGAGAUCAGUUUCUCAGACAGGAUGUUUCUCUUAUUGAUCAAGAUCCUUUGGGUUUUUCAUCAGGGCUUGCAAAAGUUGAAGAAGAAGCUCCUAUAAGUUAUAAGUUUGCACCAUUAACAAUGGAUGACCAUGUGGAUUCUCGGAUGAAUUACGGUGUUGAUGAUCAGAAAGAAUUAGAGUCUACAGUUGGAGCUGACCCUACAACUUUUCAGUCUGAUAAUCAUUUGAAAAUGAAGGGCAGUGAAGGUAUGCAGUUUGACAAUUUUGCAGAGGACUCAAGAGCACCAAAUUCAGAGUAUGAGGAUGGAAUCAUGAAUAUUGGCAUACCUCCUUUUGAUCCUUCUCUAUGGGAUUUUGAUAUUGGUAGUGUGCAGAUCAUAAAGAAUGAAGAUCUCGAAGAAUUAAGGGAACUUGGUUCUGGUACAUUUGGGACCGUCUAUCAUGGAAAAUGGAGAGGAACAGAUGUUGCAAUUAAGAGAAUAAAGAAGAGCUGCUUCACUGGUCGAUCAUCAGAGCAAGAGAGAUUGACCAUAGAGUUCUGGAGGGAAGCUGAAAUUCUGUCAAAGCUUCAUCAUCCAAACGUGGUGGCAUUUUAUGGGGUGGUGCGAGAUGGACCAGGGGGAACCCUAGCUACUGUGACUGAGUAUAUGGUUGAUGGUUCUCUAAGGCAUGUUUUACUUCGCAAGGAUAGGCAUCUUGAUCGUCGCAAGAGGCUCAUUAUUGCCAUGGAUGCGGCCUUUGGAAUGGAGUAUUUGCAUUCAAAGAAUAUUGUACAUUUUGAUCUGAAAUGUGACAACUUGCUGGUGAACUUGAAAGAUCCUUCGCGGCCCAUUUGCAAGGUAGGUGAUUUUGGCCUGUCAAAAAUCAAGCGGUACACAUUGGUUUCUGGUGGAGUUAGGGGAACACUACCAUGGAUGGCUCCAGAGCUGCUAAAUGGCAGCAGCAGUAAGGUUUCUGAAAAGGUUGAUGUGUUCUCAUUUGGUAUUGUCCUGUGGGAGAUUCUUACUGGUGAGGAGCCUUAUGAAAACAUGCAUUAUGGUGCAUUAAUAGUGUCAUGUGGUGCAGGAAUAUUGAUGCAGGACAGUCAAAUUUGCGGAAAGCAGGGAAAGAAAGAGAAGUGGCUAUGAAGAAGAAGAAGAAGCUUGAGAAGAAGAAUCAGGGAGAAGAGAAGAAACCAAGAAGAAGAUAAAUUUUUGAAGAGGGGAAAACAAUAAUAUUCUAUCGUCAAGUCUCUCUCCCCCCCCCCCCCCCCCAAAAAAAAAGAGAGGUUACAUUAUGUUGCCUAUAUAUAGGCAAUUAAAAUAUAGCCUAUCUAAAAGAUAACAUCUAAUCAAAAUCAAAUAUAACCCUAUCUAAUCACUAAAUCAAAUAAAAUUCGAAUAAAGGUCUAUCAUCUAAAUAAGUAUGAUAAAUCAAAACAAAACAUGAUAAAACCUAAUCUAAAUCUUAUUUUAAAAUCAAAAUCAAAAUAAAAUAUCUUCCCCCUAGGUGAGAGAAAAAACUCGUUCUUGAGUUUUGUAGAUGCUUAGAUUGCUUUCGGGUGAUAUAUCCCUGCCAUUAGAGACCAGAUGCUGUCAUCAACAUUCACUUGCCUAUAGUACAAUAGGCUAAACAGUAGCGAUGUCUUGUUAGAAAUUCCAAUGUAGGCGAAAUUUGGAGGACUCAUCCAACAAACAACAAAGUUGUGAAUCUGUCCAUCCCUGGCAAAAAUAUUCUGUUUACAUAAAAUAAUGUCCAAUUUAUAUUUGUGUUCAAACCAGAAAGGCAUGAUAAUGAGGCUUCAAUUGCCUGGGGAUGACAGAAUUGUGACACAACAUCAAUUGAAUGCUGAGGAAUGGGCAUAAGGAACAAAAAGGUUUUGAGACUUUCUCAAGGAUAACAUUAGGAGAUUCUUCAAUCACCUAAUAUGCUUCUUUUUUAUCAUCUGGGGUCACUGCCUCAAGUGCUAUAACUAUUUCUGUUGGUAUCUCAUGUUGAGCCUCAUCAUGGUUACUAAUCUCGCUUUCCUUUUCUUCUACUGCCUGUGUGAUUUCUUGAUCACAAUCUUUUUUUAUGUCCCCCAAUUGAUCAAUGUUGAUUUAGGAGCUUGUUCUUCUGGGUGUUAUUCCUCAUUGAUUCUUUUUUUUUCCAAUAGCAUGAAUGAACAAUCUGUUACGACUCUAGGGUUUGGCUAGGGUUUAGGAAGUAAAUUGGUAAGAAUGAGGGAAAGAAAGAAAAGAAAGGGAGGGGGAGAGAGAGAGAGAGAAUGAAUGGAGGAAAAGUCUAGAGAGCCCGACAGGCUUACCGAAAGGAGGCAAAAAGACGACUUUGCUCCCGUCCACUUUGCAAAUUUGCAAAGUGGGCCACUGCUACUCUCUCCCUACUCACUCGUCUCCCUUCCAUGGCCGUUGCCCUCGCCUCGCCGUCGCGCCUUGCCCCCAUCGCCUCGCUACCCUCGCCUCGCCUUCGCCAUCUGCGAGGCGAUGGAGGCGGAGGCGAGGCAAGGGCAGCGAGGCGAUGGGGGUGAGGCAGCGAGGCGAGGGCAGCGGCCAUGGACAGGAGACGAGCGAGCGGGAGAGAGCAACAGUGGGCGGGGGCAGAAGUGUCUUUUUGCCCCCUUUCUGUAAGAGGCUCGGUAAGCCCGUCGGGCCCUGUAGAACGACUCAUGAAUGGAAAGGGAAAGUUAGGAGAAUUGAGAGAGGGAAAUGGAAUUCAAUUGUCAUUCAAAUCAUGCCAUACUCUAACUACUCCAGUCUAUUUAUAGGCUUACAAUUGAAUAUACUAAUAGCUAUAACAACAAUACAAUUAAAAUAAGAAACCUAUAAUUCAUGACUAUUAUAUCCUUGGGGAUUCCUUAGGGUCAUGACAAUUCUCUCCCUUUCAAAUAAUUCUUGUCCCCAAGAAUUUACAGCUGCUCGCCCUGUUCUUCAGUCAAUUCCAGCCAUAAUAAUCUGGUUUCUUCUUCGUCUUUUCUUGUUCUUAUAUCUUAUUUUUCUUUUCUUUUGCCUUUACGCAUCUGUUUUUCCAAAAACAGCAGUACUAUGAUUUGUUGCAACACCUAUUUCAGCCAUCCACCCAUUCCUUGUUGCUCUCGAAAUUAAUUUCAGUUGAUCUGUCAUGCCUUCCACCAUAUCCUCUCCAACAGUAGAGAGUGAUUCAAGUUGCUUUGCAGGCCAAAACCUGAUUCGAUGCUGCCUCUUUCCAAUGGAAAUAUGAACAAGCAAAGCAGCAAGAGUCUUGUUUCCUUCCACACAAAAUUCCUCCACCUUCUUCCCGACAUCUUCUCCUUCCUCAUCUUUAGUAGAGGUAUCCUCAAUUGAAGUAUGUUUUACUUCCUGAUUGUUGGUGUACACCAAAAGCCCACUUUCAACAGAUUUUUCCUCCAGUGGAACCUUGAUAGUUUCUUCAGCAAUUACCAUUACUUCCAACUGCUUAGGGGAGGCUGGAAGGUGAAACAGUGGUGCUCUGCGAUGGUAUGACUAAUCUCCUGAAAGUUUCUCUAGGGUUGUGAAGGCAUCUAACAGCUUUGGACGUCUGUCAGAAAUUUUCAACUCUUGAAAACUCAAGAAAGAGUGUGGAAAUCAGAAUCGGUUCCACUCUGAUACCAAAUUUGAUGCAGGACAGUAAAAUUUGCAGAAAGCAGGGAAAGAAAGAAAGUGAUUAUGAAAAAGAAGAAGAAGAAGCAGGGAGAAGAGAAGAAACUGAGAAGAAAAAUUUUCAGAGGGUAAAUCAAUAAUAUUCAAUCAAGAAGUCUCCCUAAAAAAAAGGUUACAUUAUGUUGCCUGAUGAAAAGAUAACCCAUCUAAACAACUAUAAUAAAUUGAAUAAAAUUCUAUCAUCUAAACAACUAUAAUAAAUCAAAACAGAACAAAAUAAAACCUAAUCUAAAUCUUAUUUUAAAAUCAAAAUCAAACUAAAAUAAAAGAAAAUAUCCCCAUCAUAUAUGGGACUACCAACCAUGGUAACUACCUGAAAAAGGUUAAAGAACUAUGGAUACUUGAAUUAGAGUCAAUCAAAGUGUUUGUUAUGGAGUAUAAGAGGAGUUUUGACACAAUGUGUCUAAUAUGCUGAUAACUAAGAAUCCAAUCCUCUUGUUCUAGUACCUCAGGCGCAUAAAAUAGAGAGCUGUCUUGGGUUGCUGAUGUAUUGUGUUGACAUGGAUUAAUCAGAGUUUUGCCCAUUGUUCACAAUUAUUCACGCUUUA